UGCCUGACUAGGGCUGUACCAUUCAUGAUGAGAAAAUUGGGGGUGGGCUGCUAAACCAGCCAGGCUGAAAAAAAGAGCUUUUUUUUUUUCAAACCUUUUGAACGGAAAAUCUCCGGUUUCCCCCCCCGUCCUUUUCUCCUAAAUAGUCCGAUCCAACCCUAGAGGGGAAAGAGGGAGGGAGAGUGAGACAGCUGAUCAGUGCUGUGGUAUUCUGAGUUUAGAGAACAGAGGGAGAGAGAGAGAGAGAGAGAGACGGAGAUUAAGGAAGCUGACAGAAAAAGAGGAAGAAGCUGUAACCGUCCGUGGAGAACAAACAGCCUGAAGAGUUUCAGCGUCUUUAGGAAGAUAAAGAAAACAAGACAAGAAAACAAUGUGUUAGAAUGAAAGAGAUAGAACAAGUGUGUGUGAGAGAGAGAGUGAGCAAGGGCUUGACAUCAAAAGAAGAAAACAAACGUCUUGAGAAGAAGAAAGUGGCAUGAAACGUGAUUCGAGUGCCACGUGAAGUUUCCUGCUGCUGGAGAAACACAUCUCAAGAAGGAGAGAGAGAGAGAGAGAAAGACAAAUAGAGGGUGAGCAAGCUUAAAAUAAGAGGACGGAAAUUUUAAGAAGCAAGAAAAUGCGAUGAAACACGACCCAAGGACGUAGGAGGAUAGAGAGAGACUAAGAGAAAAAAGAGAAAGAGAGAGAGAGACGAGCUCGGCUGCAGAUCUGUGAAGACGUGUGUGUGUUUUUAAGAAGAGAUGUCGUGGCUGUCGCCUGUGCAGUGGGCCAAAUGGACCUGGUCUGCCAUGAAAGGAGCGGGAGAAGACGAGCUAGAAGAGAACAAUGUCCAAAAUGGAGAGAUAGAAGAAGAAGAAGAUGAGGAAGAGGAGAGAUCUCAGAGCUUCAGGCAAGGCACCUCUCAUGACAGCAUGACUAAAGAUCAACAGGCAUUCAGGCUGGACAGCUCAGAUUCAGAGGGUCAGUUCGAGACACCUGAGACGGAGUCACCUGUCCAUCAACCACUUGCUCCACCCACAAAACACAUCACAGAGGAGGACGUUGUGUCCAUCACCGUAACAUCAGAGCUGAAACUUGCAAACCAGGACAACGGUCCAAAACCAGAGACCAAUGAUUUGGACUGUAACAGCCUUCUUCCGGAAAUUCCGAAGAUGAAAUCUCCUCUCAUUCCUGAAUCCACAGAGGUGGAAACAGUCACACCCAGUCCUGUGAAUGUGGACGAUAUUCCUCUUCCCAAAAAAACGUACACCUUCGAACCGGAAAAAGAACUUCAGGUCGAGGACGAUGCUGGAUCUCAGAAACAAGGAAGUAAAACGGAAAAUGAUAUAAAAGAGAAACCUACAGAAACAGAACCGGGAUGUGAUGUGGACGAUGUUCCUCUACCUGAAAAUUCAUACAGUUUAGAACAGACGUCUGAAUUCCAAGACAACAAUAGAGAAUGCAAAAAAUCUCCGUCUCAGAAACGAGGAAAAAAACCUGGAACCAAACCCACAUCUAAAAAACAGAAGCCCAAAGCGAUGGUGGUAGAAAACGACACACACACUUCUCUAAAUGUGGACGAAAUUCCUCUCCCCAAAACAUCCUACAAUUUUGACCCAAGCCAAUGGGACGACCCCAAUUUCGACCCGUUUGGAGGGAAAAACAAAGUCCGCAACUCUCCGACACUCCCACAAGCAUCGUACGAUUUCAAUCCGGAUAACUUCGACGACUCACAGGAUGCCUUUAAGCCGUCUAACAAAAUCACCGGAAGCGGCGACUCAGAGAGAACCAACGAUGAGAAAACGAAGGAGGAUGAGAACAAAGGACACCCUCUGAUGGAUGAGAGGAAUGUGAGACAGUCGCCCAAGAAGAGCAAAGACAAGAUCAUCACGACCAAUGAACAAGCGCGCUUUCUCUGUAUGCUGCUGAAUACGUGCAAAGUCAAGAAGUAUGAGAACACGUCGUUAGCGCUGGACGUCUGCAAGCAGGUUGAGGAAGAACAGGAGGAGCCGGUACGUCACGCCACUGAUGAGGAGAAACUCGCAUCUACAUGCACGAUGCAGAAACACGAUAAAACAUCGAAGACGUUAAAAUUGGAAGACGACCUGGAGGUAGAGAAAAAAGAUCAUUUUCCUGAGAAGGAGAUCUGCACACCUAGUGAGAGCUUGGAGAAGACCAGCCCCAACCUUGACUCCAUCGCGCUCAGUGAGAUGGACAAAGCCGCUGUUCUGACUCUCAUCAGAGAGGAGAUAAUCACGAAAGAGAUUGAGGCAAACGAGUGGAAAAGAAAAUAUGAGGAGAGCAGAAUGGAGGUGUUGGAGAUGAGGAAAAUAGUUGCCGAGUAUGAGAAGACAGUAGCACAGAUGAUCGAAGAUGAGCAGAGGAAGAACAUGGGCUCUCAGAAGAGCGUCCAACAGCUAAUAACGGAGCGGGAUCAGGCUCUGUCCGAUCUCAACUCAGUCGAGCGCUCACUCUCGGACCUGUUCCGACGCUACGAGAACAUGAAGACCGUGCUGGAGGGAUUCAAAAAGAAUGAGGAGGUGCUGAAGAAGUGCGCUCAAGAAUAUUUAGCACGCGUCAAACAGGAGGAGCAGCGUUAUAACACACUCAAAAUCCACGCUGAGGAGAAACUCGACAAGGCGAAUGAAGAGAUCGCUCAGGUGCGUGCGAGGUCGAAUGCGGAGUGUGUGGCGUUGAACGCUAGCCUGAGGAAGGAGCAGAUGAAGGUGGAGUCUCUGGAGAGAGCGCUUGAACAAAAGAAUCAAGAAAUUGAGGAGCUCACGAAGAUCUGCGAUGAACUCAUCGCCAAACUCGGCACAACAACCUGAGCACUGAGCACGCUUGGAUUUCAGCUUUGAGCUUAAGUCCUGACUGAACCCCUCCUUCCUUCCUUCACACCGCUUCGCCUCCAACAUAGUCCUGCAUGUCUGGAUCUCUCUCCAACAUCUGGAGCGUGGAACUGCAACAUCAGCUAAAGUAACGCACCUAUAAUAAUGAGACUCUUUAGUUUCUGAGACUUUAACACGGCAGUCUGCAUGAAUCGUCAGCGCUAACUGCAGUUUCUACACGAUUUGUGAAUCUGAACUCAUUAGCACUUUGUGACGGCUCUGUUUUUGAACGCAGUGUGUUUCAUCCGUGAGGCGAACGAGCGUGUGUAUUUGUGCGUGUCUGUGUGUGAGUGGGUAUCAUCCAUCCUUGUUGUACAAGCAAUGUGUUAUGAGUGCGGUGGGCAGGUGAGAAUGUUUGUAUGUAUAUCUGUAUUGUUUGUGUGUCAUUCCUUCUUUACAGUACAUGCACUUUGUAAUGUGUGUGUGUGUGUGUGUGUGUGUGUGUGAGUGAGAGAGAGGAUGACUAUAUUUUCCAGACUAUAAGACAUGUCUUUUGCCCAAUCACAUUUAUAAGAGUUUUUUUUUUUUUUAAGAAUUUUGUUUUUGGCAUCAACAUCAGAGUUGUCAUGACAGCCAAAGGCACAGAUAAUGUGAAAAGAAAUCUUAUUCGCAUAUCUGCUAGGAGAUUACUGAUGCUAACUGAUGGCCAGCGCUAAGAUACGUAAGUAAUAAAAAACACAAAGGGGCAUGCUGGUAUAGGAAAAUAAUCAGGGUAGUUGUGAUGUAGUGGUUACUGUUACCACCAUGAAGUGUUUUAUUCUUCUUAUACCACAAUUUGCCAACACUAACAAUGUUUUAUCUGUCUAUCUGUCUAUCUAUCUAUCUAUCUAUCUAUCUAUCUAUCUGUCUAUCUAUUAAAGAAUGACACAGCAUACUUUUUAACCAUUGCUUGUUACAUUUAGUGUGGUGAAAUGUCCUUGAAACAUCAAAACAUCACCACUUACAUUAUAGCAGCUAUAAACAGUCGUUCCCUUUCCCUUUUUUCUGGGAAUUGGCAAAAUGGAGUAAAAAACCCUUGGAAAAUGGGUUUUAUAUAUGUAUAAUGAUUGGACAAACAAAAGCAACAAGUCUUACACUCCAGAAAAUAUUGUAAAUGUGUAUGCAAAUUUCUGUGCUGCGUGCAUGUGUGCGUGUGUGUGUGUUUGAUAAAAGGGUCCAUGCACUUGUAUUUUUCUCCCUCGCUCCACAAUAACACCAGUGCAAGUGCCAGUGCAAUCCCCUGAUCCACACGUUUUACUGUAAAUAAGAAUUUAUUCCAUGUUUAUUUUGUAUUAUUAUAAAGGUUUAUGAUUCAGUAAUUUUGUGGGGAUUUAAGCGAAAAUGAGAAAGUCUUGCUAACAAAUUAAUUUGUGUGGUGUUUAUUAGUGUCAGUGUUCACACACUGGGAUUUGUGUUACAGAAGUUUAACCUUUGAUAGAAUAUUUAUGUUACAUUUAGUAAUGCACUUAUCCUGUAGUUAGGACUGGUUUUAGGUCUGAAAUGUUCCUGGUUCAGCAAAGGUGGAGCUUGGAUUUUAAUUGGAUUAGCCACACCGCUAACCCUUCUUUUCACUGCCUAAUUGUUUAGCAUAAAACACAUAAUAUAAUAUUUAGUAACGUGGCACUGUGCUAGCAUUAUUUAGCUACUUUAGCAAAUAUUAAUGUUACUGCUCUACAAGUAGCUAUAUGAUGUUACAUAGCUAGCAACUGGUUCACUUACAAGCUAGCUAAACCAACAUAUUGAGUAAUUAAAACAGGUAGCCAAGUUUGCUAGCCAGCUACAUAACCUGAGGUAAAAUAUUUUAUUGCGUAAUUAAAACCAGUACGUCUAUAUGGAAGUUAAAAGAGAGGUCAGUGGUGGUGCUGUAUGAUGAAGUUUGCGACUGGCUAAUCAAAUGUAACGUAAGCUCCGCCCUUAUUGAUUCAGUGACACGGUAAAACAAUGGCAUUACUAGUUACGUAAUAAUUAACCAGGUGUGACGCACAAAGAGAUCAAAAUUAACUGAAAAUGAUUAAACUUGAUCUUUUAUUCAAUCUUCUUUUUACGAAGGUAGAAAAAACUUUUUCAUUAUUAUAAUUUUUAAAAACCUUUAGCUAAUUACACUUUAAGCACUUCAGAGAUCAAGAAGAGCCGUUUAUGAAACGGUGAAUGGAG